CUUCUCUAUUAGGUCUUCGUGAAGUCCAAGUUUCGCUGUGUUCCCAGUCAGAUGCAUCUCAACCAGCCCAUUCGUAGUGAUGACCAGAGGAAGUAUCGUUAUGUGGUGUACGCUUUUUCAGCGUUGUCGUCGGCCGGUACGGUGAUGUCAACUAUAGUGGCUCGGUUUUCCAUCUUUUCAAGGAUGACAAUAUCAGGCCGGUUGUGCGCGAUUGGCCUGUCAGUUAUCAGUGGAUGGUCCCAAUACACCUUCACAGCAUCAUUUUCCUGAACUUGUUUUGGGCGAUGGCUUGGUGGAAUACUUUUGCCAUGGAAUUGUGCCGAUCAGUGUAUUCCCUGGGAGCGAGCGCGGGGCAAGAUGAUGUGACAUGCUGAAUUGUUUCUGGUGCCUGAGAGCAUUUACGGCACUUAUCACUAGGAAGAUUUCUGCCCGUUAUGUUUUUCUGAUACGCUCUUGUAGGGACCACCUGAUCCUGGAUCGCUGCCAGUCUACCUUCCGUUUCUGGAAAAAGGACCGUUGGAUAUCUUCCGUGAAGUGCCCUGCCAUGCCAAUCCUCGCACAGUUCCUCGAUGGUUGGAGGUUCAGCCGGAUGAUGUUCAGAAGCCAGGUUCAGCGCCGUAAUGCCUUGAUCUUCCCUGGAGAGAGCUUUAUAGAAAGAAUGUCGCAUUCUACUGUGAGGCGAUCCUUAAGUUGUUCUCUGCUGAUGUUUGAUACCGAUGCAAUGUGGAGUGCUCUUUUAAUUACCUUUCUAGAUGGUGAAGUGGUGUUUAGACGAGCUUUCCAUGGAGGGUCUUUUUGUGUUUCCGUCUCUCGUUUCUUUGUUUUUCGUCCUAUGUUGUUCUCUUCACACACUGUGAUGGCUCCGGCAUAGACAAAAUCCACAAUAUCUUCAAGAGUUGAGUUGUUGUUUAUAUGCAUUCUUAUGACUUCGUUUGUUCUUUCCACGCUUUCAAAGAUUUUUCGAGAUCCUCUUAGUCUCGGGAUUCCAGGUCUAUCUUGGGGGGAGAUUUUGCUAUACAAUUGCAAAUAUCUGUUGAAGACUUUGCUGGUGUUUUUUAUCUGAUGGUUUUGUUCAUGUUGGUUUUCUCGAUUGACUUCCUCAGUUUCUGUGAGAUCUUGGGUUGGUGUUGGUGUGUGGGGUCUGUAGCUUCUUUUGAUGUUUGCCAGCUCAACACUUGAGAACUUUGCAUUUUGAAGAAUCCAUCGGACUCUGUUUGAGAGGAGAUUUGGGUAUGAUAUCUUGUUCGGGUUGAUAUCAUUCCACGUUGUAGUGAGUAUCUCUCGGUAUGUUCUGUUGGAAGUUUGUUGAAGAUCCUCUGCUAUAUAAUGAACUCUCAUUAGGAGAAUAUUUUCUUCCUCUGUCCAGCGAGUUCUCCCGUCUCUUCUUGUAAGUUCAGCGGAACGGUUUCUUAUCCCGUCCAAGCUGGUACUUCUUCUUGGUCUUCUCAUUCGAUUCGAAUCUGGGCUUACGGUGCCAUCUUGGGGGGCUGCGCCGCUCGCCCCGCAGCUAUCCCCAUCGGGCUCUACCUCCGGACGGCUCCGAAGAGGGCCAGCCCGCUGCCCUCUACCGCCCUGAUUCAUACUUCUAGUUAUAGGAGCAACAUGAUCAGCGGAUUCCAGGUUGCUAACCUGGAGAUCCGGGGUGACUCGGGUACGCGGGGCCGUCACUCCCCGAAAGCUUACG